AUUACUUAUAUAUCUUGUUUAUAAAUUUGAAACAAACCAAAAAAUAUUCUAAAUUUUAUUUACCGGUUUCCAGUGCCAACAACGCUAUCAUAUAAAAUACGAGACCGGCUGUAUAGACAGUAAUAUCAGUGACAUAAUCUUGGUGUCGUUUAUGUUUAAAUAUUGGUGAUUUUAUAGUGAAUUAGGUUCAUCAAGAUGAAGAUAAAAGAGUUGAAGAAGACUGUGAACGUGAGCUGGUCGCCAGCGGAGCUAUACCCUGUUAUGAUAGCAGCCGGCUCCGCGGCACAACAAGUUGAUGAGUCGUUUAGUUCUAACUCAUAUCUUGAAUUGUAUUCUCUUAAUCUGGCAGAAUCAAGUCUAGAUCUAGAGCUUAAGUCAAGCUUACAAACACAGCACAGGUUUCAGAAGUUGGUAUGGUCUGGUGCAGGGGUCAUAGUGGGUGGCUGUGAUGGAGGUCUAUUACAGUUCUAUGAUGCUGAAAAAGCUCUCAAAGGUUCUACCGAUGCUCUAGUUGGGAGUAGUACAAAACACACAGGCAAUGUUUCUGCACUCGAUAUCAAUCCAUAUCAGAAGAACCUUCUGGCAUCUGGUGCCUCCGAGAGUGAGAUAUUUAUCUGGGACUUGAAUAACACCAGCCAGCCCAUGGCUCCAGGCAACCGGAGUCAGCCAUAUGAUCAUGUGCAGGGCCUAGCGUGGAACCAACAAGUGCAACACAUUCUCGGAUCAACGUUCGCUACGAGAUGCCUCGUCUGGGAUUUGAGAAAAAAUGAACCCAUAAUGAAACUCAGUGACUCCCAGUCCCGCACGAGGUGGCGCUCCGUGAGCUGGCACCCCAACGUGGCCACGCAGCUCUGCAUCGCCUCCGAGGAUGACCAGGUGCCCGUCAUACAGCUCUGGGAUCUCAGACUCGCAGCCUCGCCUCUUGUGACGUUUGAGGGUCACGACAAAGGAGUGAUGGCCACGGCAUGGUGCCGCCACGACCCGGAGCUGCUGCUGAGUGCCGGCAAGGACGGCCGGUUACUGUGCUGGAACCCUACUACCACUAAACCGGGUGGCGAGGUGGUGAUGGAAGUGAGCUCGCUCGAUGACUGGAUGUUCGAUGUGAGUUGGUGUCCUCGCGUUCCCGGCCUGCUGCAGGUCGCUUCGUUCCGCAACCAGGUGGCUUUGCAUUCGCUGCUCGGGGCCAGCAGGGCUGACUGUAUGAGCGCCCGCACCCAGAGCGCCAUGGUGGACUCGUUCGGCGGUGCCUUCACCAGCCUGCCCGCCGUGGCGCCCGCUCCCUUUAGUGUGCCCCAUGUAGUUGAUAGUCCACUGUUUUAA